GCCGAGUUCACGUCGCCAGGGCAGCAGUCUUUUCGCUAACAAUUCGUCAACAUGGCAAAUCGCGCAAAUCGUCAUGCUGCCCGCACCGAGGAGUCGGAUAACACCAUAAACUAUGUCCAGUGCGACGGACUGGCCGUCAUGAAAAUGGUGAAGCACUGCCACGAGGAGUCGAGCAACAUGGACCUCGCCCAGGGCGCCCUGCUCGGUCUGGUGGUGGACAAGUGCCUGGAAAUCACCAACUGCUUCCCGUUCCCCAAGAGCGGCGAUGAGACCAUGGACGAGGAGAUGUACCAGCUGACCGUGAUGCGUCGUCUGCGUCGCGUCAACGUGGACCAUCUCCAUGUGGGCUGGUACCAGAGCUCCGAUGUGGGCAACAGCCUGUCCUUAGCCCUGCUGGAAUCGCAGUACCAUUACCAGACCAGCAUUGAGGAGUCCGUCGUCGUGGUCUACGAUACUCAGAAGUCCUCUCGCGGAUUCCUCUGCCUGAAGGCCUACCGCCUGACGCCCCAGGCCAUCCAGAUGUAUAAGGAUGGCGACUUUACGCCCGAGGCAUUCCGCACCCUGAAGGUGGGCUACGAGAGUCUCUUCGCCGAGAUCCCCAUCGUGAUCAAGAACUCGCCCCUGACCAACAUCAUGAUGAGCGAGCUGAACGAGCUGCUGCCCGAGGACAAGGGACACAACUUCCUGGAUCUGGGCACUGCCUCCGUGCUGGAGAACCAAAUGCGCAGCCUGAUCGAGCGCGUUGACGAACUGUACCAGGAGGCAGUGCGCUAUAACAAGUACCAGCAGGUUGUCUUCAAGCAGGAUACGGAGAAGCACCGAGCUCUGGCCAAGUUGGCCGCUGAGAACGCCGUUCGCACCUCGAAGGGCGAGCCCACGGUGGCCGAGGAGGAAGUGAUCAAGCAGUUCCGCCCCAUGCCCGUGCCCGCCCGUCUGACGGCCACCAUCACCUCCGGCCAGAUCAACACCCACGCCCAGCACAUCGCCCAAUUCUGCUCCCAGUCGCUGGCCAAGCUCUUCAUCACCGAAUCGUUGCAGAACGCCAAGGAAGCCAAGGAAAUCAAGUAGACUAGCUUAUGUUAAACGUUUUUUAAUCUGAGGCAACAACAUUCAAACUUCACAAACCUAGCAUCUGCGCACACUAAUGGCGAGAAUAAACCAAAACAUUGAGUGUGUUUGGAAGCGAAACACCA